CUCGGGCUCGACAACCUCACAAUACACCCGCUCCUGCCUCAAAUCCAUCACCUCCCAAUAAAUCACCGCCCAAUCACUCGGUGAAUCCACGGCCUUCAUCACCUCCCUCCUCUCUGCCCACGGCAGCAAUUUCACCCACCCCGGUACCGGUAGCAGCACCUCACUACCUCCCGCUCCCCAACUACCCCCGGCCCAGGCCACUAUGCCAACACCACCACCAAUCUCAUCUACAAAGAAAACGCAUCCCCCCUCUCCCCACCUCCCCGAACUCAACCCUCUCCAUCCCCCUCAAAAUCGACUUCCACCGCUCCGCCCACGACCCCCUUCGCUGCGCGACUUUCACCGAACUCAUCGCCGCCAGCAACACCACCAUCCGUAUGUUAUCCACACCCGCAUAGAGGUUUCCCCCUUGACUCUCCUGCCGACAGUAAUCGAGAGUAUCGUCACAGAUGAGGGAGAUUGGCUCUUUAACGCCACCGGUACCCUCACCCUCACCCUCCAAGAAGGAUCCUGGCCUCCCAUCCCCAUCCCCUUGACCUCCUCGCUCCGCAAUAGUAACACCUACGCCGAAAUCCAAGCCGUCGGUGAUUCAUACUUCAACCGCUUCGCCAACACCUCCGUCUCCGUCCCCUGGGGACCGCCCUUUCUCCGAAUCGAAGGCAGCUUCCCCGCGCUGGGGAACCUCAUCACUUCUACCGGCGACUGCAUCCAGGAGUGGCCGGCGAGCACGAUCAUAGUGCCGUGGAGACGGUACGUGGUUGAUCAGGAGAUGGGGACGGUGGAUAUCUUUGUUGGGUUCCCAAUCCCGGGGCUGGAUAGGAGUUAGGGGCAGAACAAGGCGAUGGGGGAUAGUCAUGUUUUUAG